UUUAACUGGUUUCAAGUGCUGAACCGAAUUGCAGUUUUAUUUCCAUUCACGUAGCUCCACACACGGAAUGUGGUCCUUUCCCAAAAUAACAAAAAAGUGAAGAAUAGAUGUCGACUAACUACUACCCAUUAACGCACUACAAAACUAAGGCGCUUUCUGUGUGUGUAGGGCUUUUACAAACAAAUAACGAACGAACGAAUGUUAUUAGCUAAUGAGCAGUAAUAUAAUUUUGAUUGUGUGGCAUAACUACACGUAUAACAUAUACCAAUAUGCUCCACAAAAGAAGGGCUGCAAAGGAUACGUAAAAAAAAGGGGACACCAAAAUGUUACAAAAGAUUUACACCAUCCAAAACCUCAACGCCAUCUCCGCAUCCGCAAUCGACGCCUCCUUCUUUCUGCUUGUGGGCAAUACCAUUACUUUUUCAGUUUGCUGGUUUGAGUAAUGGAUUAGAUUUUUACUCACUUGUUUUGGGUUUCCGUGCUACCGCUAUUGGUUGGAUAGUGUAUUCUUUUUUUAUAGCACAACGCCCCCCCAAAAAAAGGAUAACACCGUCGUUGAUGAAGGGAUGCUAGUGGGAAACUUAAAAGAACUUACAACUCUUGUCUCACCUAAGAACUUUAGUUGAUGGCUUUGAAAAAAGGAAAAAAAAAGACGAAAGAUUCUUAAAGUGUGCAAUAGUGAUUUCGAAAUGCUUUAGCAAAAAUGGAAGACUUGCCUUUAUUUUUUGAUUUAAAAUUCUUUUGUCCUCCUAGUAGGCCCAUCAUUUUAAAUCGUGUUUCUUUUCUGCGAUAAUGUUUACCACACUGAUGUAUCGCACUGCAGCAGUCUCGAUGACCGUCUACAUAACCAAUCGAGUUGGAGUUUGGGGCAAGACGGAGGAGACGGACCACCUACUCCAACAGAUCACUAAUGGCCUACAACCAGUAUUUGGACUUCUGCGACGAACGCUGAAGCUUGAGGAGAGUGAUCUGAGCGUGGGUGAGCUAUCCCGGAAAUACUACAAUGAAGGAGUGAAGGGCACCUUCCGUAUCAUUCGAAACAUACCCAACUAUUCUGAGGAUCUGGCCGACGGAGCCAAGGUCACAUGUCUGGAUUUGGUGGAAAAGGCCAAGGAAUUGCGCCACAAAGAGUAUUCAACAUGGUGGAAUACUUCCGCCAAUAAGGAGCAACUGAAUUUUGAUUCACCAGAUUCUCGAACUGGCGAUGGAUCUUCCGAGGACUUAGUCCCUUUUGAGAAAUCAAAAUCCGUUGACAACUUUGCGGGGGAAGGAGGAAAUGGGGCUCUUGAACAGAGGGUUUAAGCAUUGCUCUAUAAACAAGAAAAAUUAACCUUACUCCCUCCAUCGUAUUGUUAAAUCCCUGAGUAAGGACCAUGUAUCAUGCUAUAAUCCCCAAUGCCCUGCAAAAGUCCAAUAAAAGGAUUGCCAAAGAAUUCGCGUUUCGAAUCAUUACUCUAACCAAACAAUUUGUUGGAAAACAUUAAACUAUAAUAAUUACUAAUCUAAUUGGGAUUAGGUAGGUGUAGAGCAGCAAUAAUCGUACUUAUCGCAAUUUUCUUGAUUUUUUUCCUCAACUGUUUCUUCGCCCAGACACUCGGUAAACAGUGAGAAUUGUCAACAGUCUAUUAAAAUGCCAGUCGAGCCGCAUUGCCAACCGAAGUCAAGUCGUGCGAAAAAGGAUUUCCCAACCCCUUUGCCGGGAAAAGGAAAAGCUGAAGCCAAGCGAACCAAACCAAAUCAAUCCAACCCUUUUUCCCAUUUCCUUUAUCCAGUUGUUUUGCGUGUUGCUUAACAUGCGUUUUAAUGUGACCCUUGCGGGUUCAUAAAAAUCGAGUUUUUUUUUACCUAUGAAAAUCCAUUUUCUGUGGAAUUUACUUUAUUGUUUGGAUACCUGUUACUUGUCGCAUUAAAUUGUUUUUUCUUGUUACAUCUACAAUUAAAUUAAGAGACAAAAUCUUAAAUGUAAAGUAUUUUUUUGCAUACACAUUUCAAUAAUUCGGCACAUUUUUGGAAUAAUUUUGAAAUAAAAAACAAUCGCCUUUUCUAACUUCGAUUGAUUUUCCCUCUUUAUUGUUGAAUUGUAAACAGGUGGGUGGGUCAUAAAAACGGGGAUCACAGGUGUUGGAGGUGUAGUAAAUCCCUUCUUCAAGUCGAGUGAAUUAAACAUUAUGAACAGCCCUAGGAAAUUUGGCACUUUGAAAAUGUCUAGAAACGAGCGGUUGAUUGAGAAACUAGCUUACAUUUUAAUUAGUUCUAGCCUAUUUACAUGCAUUUAAUUAGAAGUUCGCUAAGUUCUUAUCUGGGUACUCACUUCAAAUUUCCCACAUAUUAUCCAUUUUUAGCUCCCACUUAAAGUCUUAAAUUCAAAAUCGCUGAAUUCUCGCCCCAACAACCAGUAUUUAAGGUAUAUCCAUUGCAUUGUUGUCCAAAGCAUAAUCCGCGUUGUAUCUAUUUACAUAUUUAUCUGCGUUUUGCUGGAUUCAUUGCUGCGACUCCUGACGGAGGAUGCCAAAAAGGUUGUGGAGCUGGUAAGAAAGGAUACCGCGGAUAGGGCGGAUGAGUAGGGAUGAGUAGGGAUGGGAUGAGGGCUACGUGGCGCGUCUUUUGGCUGACUCUUUAACCGCUUAUGCCUUAGAUUUAUAGUCACGGAUUUUAUUUAUGUCACUUUACACUCAUCCUCACCGCUGGCACCAUUUUUCUUUGCGGUUUAGCAUACAAAACGUCUGGUCCUCGUUUUCUGGUCGUAUCCCUUUUAUGCUGCCACAUUCUAUUUGCCUGCUGCUCUUCUCUAAACGUUGCAUAAAAUCAAUUUCCUUAAGUUCAAGACCUUGAUGAUGAGGUAAGAGUGUUGUAAGUUUAUGCUGCUCGAAAGCGUGGGCUGUGCAGCGGUGCACUGAGCAAAAAAAAGAAAUAUUACGAGUUAUUAAUAUGAAUCAUAAGUGGGGAUACCCUAGAGCUACUUAUAAAUAAUUAUGAGCUAAGUGCUAGUUUUACAGUGGGAAAUCCACCACCAGUGAAAAAGUUUAUUUCUUGGAUUGCAAACACUCAGUAUAUAUAUUAAAAGAUA